UCUAUACAUAUAAUAUAAAUUUAAAAAUGAAAUAUUUUUUACUUUUCGUAUUAAUGGUGACCUUAAAAGUAAGCUUAUGUCAUUAUGUGCAAUAUAUAAAGUGCUUUCAUUCUCGUUAUUUUCUAAACUUUUUUAACCAUAAUGAAAGAUUUUUGUUAAAAUUCGAAAAAAAUAAAGAAUAUUUAACAAUAGAAAAUCUAAUGAACUAUGGCAAGGCACUUCAAACACACAAUAAAGUAAUUGUUAUGAUUUUGGAUGACUUAAUGAACAAUUUAAAAAAUUUUUCUUUUCCUUUAAUUACGGUAAAUAUGUACUUAAAUAACGUUUCUGGUCAUUUAAAUAUGAUUGCUCAAAAUGAUGAUGAUGAAAAAAAUAAUGCUAAUAAUUUAUUAGAAGGCUAUAAGAUGAUACAUUUCGCAGUUAAAGAACAACUAACAGAUUACAUAUAUAAAUAUUGUAAAAACAUUCCAUUGAAUGAAAAAACUGUUAGUUUUAAUUAUCCAAUUGGUAAAAACGAAUAUACUACUACUAAUCUAAUGACUAUAAAUAAUGAAUUCAAGGAUAAAAUAUACACCAAAUUUGAGUUAACAUUAAAAAGGAAUUUAUACGAAAGUAUUCUUCCAGAAAAUAUUUUGUUGUAUGAUAUAAUGACCCAACAGAUUCUCACCAACAAAAGUAAUAUUAUAAAAAUAGAUAAUAAUCAACACAUAACAUUAAAUUUACUUCGAUUCACUCCACUUAACGUUAAAUGCUCUAACGGUACUCGUUUAACUAUACAAGAUGUAUUUGAGUAUAUAAAAUAUGAUUUUAAUUACAGUGAUGUUUUAAUAUAUAUGAAAUUGGUAAUUGGGGCUACGUUUCGACCAAUAGCUAUUCUUAUUCGCAACUUUUUAACCCUAAUUCAGGUCGCAUCUUCAGAUAAUUCAGAUUGUGUAAAAUAUUGGUUAAAACCAAAUUUUAUUGGCAUAGGACGAAAAAUAGAACAAUAUGUAUUAACAUUCAUUUCUCACGGCGUGUUAAUUUUUAAAAAGGCAUUUAUGAUAAAUGACGUCUUACAUGGAUAUAAUAAAGCCUUAAACAGUUAUAUUGAUCAAAAAAAGUUAUCCGAAAUUGAUAUUAAAUAUAAUAAUGAAUUAAUUGAAUUACUUUCGAAAUUCUUCAUCAAAAAUAGAUUAUACUUUACAAGUGAUAUAGCUCUAACCAAUAAAAAUUUAACUGAAAGUAAUGCUGAUAAGAUUAAAAAUGAAUUUGAAAAAAUCAUUAAAAAAGUUGAUAUCUAUAUAAACGAUUUGAAUAAAUGGAAAAAAUCUUUGAAGUUUAUUGUUAGAAAUUUUAAGAUUCGAACUUUUAAUGUUUCAAUUUAUAAGGAUUUUAUUAAUUUUAAAGUUUUAGAUCGUAUUUGUAAUACUGCAUCACAUUCUGAAAUAUACAAUGUUAGUACGAAUGAUAAAAAUAAUAUUGAAAUAGGAUAUUAUGAAGAUGUAAAUAAUGUAGAAGAUGAUGUUACAAAUUUUAACUUAAAGGAUCUAAAAGAUGAAUAUGACGAUAUCGAUACAAUUGACUCCUUUGAACAUCAAACGAAUUAUAAACCUCUUUAUAUGAUCGAUUAUUGGCCAUACAAUGAGUAAAAUGAAAUUGUUAUUAUAAUAAAUACUGGACAUUAUCAAUACUUAUUUACAAAGCUUUUAUUUAAUUUUCCAUUUUAGCAAUACAAGGUGAAUAUUUUAAUACGAUAAUCACUUUGUUUGUUUUAAAACCGUAAUUAUAAUUCAUUAUUAUUUUCAUAUAUUCUCAUUUAUACCUAAUUAAAUGUUUUUAGCUUCGAUGCUCAGCUGAGAAGGUACUAAUUUUAUUUUAAUUUUAAGCUUCGAUAUGAAACUGAGAAGGUAUUGGUUUUACUAUGAUGUGUUUUUUUUUGUGUCUGUUACCACUUUUUCUCAGCUCUCACCGAACCGAUUUCUUUCAACGAUACGUAAAAAGAUCACAAAUCGUAUCUAGUCGAAGAAAUUAACCUCAAAAAUUGAAAAAAAUUCCCUCGUUCUACGUAAAUUGGGGAAAUCUCCAAAAAAAUUAAUUAGUUGAGCCAAUUAAAGCUAUGGAUAAAACAUUCGAAAAAGAGUUGGAAAUUAAAAUAAAUGUGAAGAAAAUAAAAGUAAUGGUAUGUGACAGGAAAAAUAAUACAAGAAUACAGAUAAAAAUAUGAAACCAAACAAUAGAACAAAUAGAUGAAUUUACAUACCUGGGAAGCGCAAUCAGCAAGGAUGGAAGAAAGAGAAAUGAAAUUAUAAAAAGUAUCUAUCAAGCUAAAAUAGCCUUUAACAAAAAGAAAAAUUAUAUUUACAUCAAGAAGCAUGAGUCUAAAAAUAAGAAAAACCUUAUUAAAGACGUAUGUGUGGAGCAUUAGCCUGUACGGGUGUGAAACCUGGACAAUAACAACGGAAGAAAAAAGAAGACUUGAGGCGUUUGAAAUGUGGUACUAUAGAAGGAUGCUAAGGAUAGAUUGGAUGGAAAGAGUAACCAAUGUCGAAGUACUAGAAAGAAUAUCAGAUAGAAAGUUACUAUGGAAUAACAUAGUCAGAAGACGCAACGAUUGGAUAUAUAAUUGGUCAUAUAAUGAGACACGAAAGAUUGUUGAAAUUUAUAGUAGAAGGAAAGAAUCGUAGGGGUAGACCAAGAUUGGAAUUCAUUUAACAAAUAAUAAAGGACCAAGGAUGUGACUCAUAUGUGGAAAUGAAAAGAAUGGCGGAUAAGAGAGAAGACUGGAAGAUAGCUGCAAACCAAUCUACGGAUUGAAACCAUAGAGAGAGAGCCACUAUU